ACUUCAUCCUCAUUCCAACCACCAUCGUCGUACACGUAUGAUUUACCUACCUUAAACCUCUACGCAUCAUUAGAUUCCCUUACCAGCCGAACCCUUUAGAACAGUCCCUAAAUCUGCGAUAGACGCCUCACAAAGCCCUGUCUUCUGCCCGACCACCUAGACUGUCUCUUAUCUGCAGCACACACCCCGCGAUCGCCGCCCUUAUCGCCCCUUAUCGGCAGCCCUGAACCCUACCUCUCCUCUGGCUCUCCUCUCCGUGUUUCGCUCCCAGCAUUCAUCCAUCUACCUUAUCCGAUUCCCGAUCCAUUGCUGCCGCUGAAAGCCAUCCCUCCACGCGAUCAUCACCCCGACCACCCAAUAUGGCAAUCUUCAGCGCCGUCCCUCCCCCCGAGGCUAUCGACCACCAGAUCCCAAACACCGUCUCCUCGCCGCCACCCCAGUCCCAGACUCCAGUCGCCGCCCACCUCGCAGCCCAGAGCGCGACUGCCGGCUCCGUUGAUAUCGAGGCCUGGACUGUCUCCGCCCUCGAGUCCCUGAGCGUUAGCCCCAUUGCCCGCGGCACGGGAACGCCGCUGGCUAUCAACCUCGAUGAGCAGGUCAAGAAGGCCUCUGCUGCCGUCGCGAUUGCCACCGAGAAGACGACGACAACGACUGUACAGCAGACGCCUAUCCGGCGACCAUUGAGCAGGCGGGAUAGUCAGAAGAAAAGGGAACAGCUUUUGAAGGGGAAUGAGGGGAGUCGGGCGCGUCGGCGAUGGGAGAAUGAUCGCCUCAUUGGCGUACCAAACGCUCAGCCGCCCCUCCCAAGCGACUGGGAAGUCCAUCCAACCUACCCGGUCCAAGUCGUCCCCUAUCAAGUCGCCCAAUACUGGGAUACCGGUCUCCGCCAACGCAUCGAGGAGAAGACCGCCAAGCUCCAGGCUCAGCGCAAGAAGCAGCAACGCAAAGACGGGUCCGCGACAGGCUUGUCUGUCGGCGAGGUGCCGCGCGACCUGCGCGACACGGCGAAGCGAACACCCGCUGUGCGCGGGUGGGUGCGCGUGCUCGAAGAACCCGUGCGGAGUUUUUUGAAGGAGCGGAUUGAGGCGAGCGAUGCAGAAGGAGAUAGCGAGGACGAGGAGAUUGUGUUUGUUGGCAGGAAGGGGAUGACUUCCGCUGGCAAGGGGUGGAAGAAGGCUAGGCGAGAGGUGGGGAGCGAAAAGGUUGAUGACGGGAUGGUGUUUGAUUCGUUGGGGGAUGACGAGAGUGCCUCUUUCAAGCGAUGGUUGACGCAUUCCAUCUCGGAUUACUACGGUCUACAAUCCCACUCCGUCACUACAGGCGAGCCUGCCCGCCGGGUGGUGUACGUGACAGUACGGGAGCAAGGCAAACGGUCCAGUCCGAAGAAGCAUACAGUCUUACCUCGGCCCUUGUGGGAGAUGUGCUGAGAAUUUUGCCGCCUUUUGCAGCAUCACUCUUUUUGUUACAAAUUGGACCCUUCCGACGCACCUGCAGACUUCAUUUGCGAGCAGAUAUCCACGAAAGUUGGAGGAGGAAGGGAUCUGUUAUUUAGAUACGUUUGAGACGCUUAAAGUAUAGAGCAUACCCACGCAUGUGGCAUCGGGAGUAGACAAAGUACGGUGAUUUUUGCAUCGAGAUCCCAGACAGGCUAUCAGCCUGGUUUGGAGACCCCCU